CGGCGGAAGCAUGGAGGGCGAGAGCACGUCGGCGGUGCUCUCUGGCUUUGUGCUGGGCGCGCUCGUCUUCCAGCACCUCAACACCGACUCGGACACGGAAGGUUUUCUCCUUGGGGAAGUGAAAGGUGAAGCAAAGAACAGCAUAACUGAUUCUCAAAUGGAUGAUUUUGAAGUUAUUUAUACAAUUGACAUUCAGAAGUACAUUUCAUGCUAUCAGCUUUUUAGCUUUUAUAAUUCUUCUGGUGAAGUAAAUGAGCGAGCGCUGAAGAAAAUAUUAUCAAGUGUCAAAAAGGAUGUGGUUGGUUGGUAUAAAUUCCGACGUCAUUCAGACCAGAUCAUGACAUUCAGAGAGAGACUGCUUCACAAAAACUUACAGCAGCAUCUUUCAAGCCAGGAACUUGUUUUUCUGUUAUUAACACCGAGUAUAAUAACAGAAAGCUGCUCUACUCAUAGGCUGGAGCAUGCAUUAUAUAAACCUCAGAAAGGGCUUUUUCAUAGGAUACCUUUAGUGGUGGCCAAUUUGGGCAUGUCUGAACAACUGGGUUAUAAAACUGUAUCUGAUUCCUGUACGUCCACUGGUUUUAGUCGAGCAGUAAAAAGACACAGCUCUGAAUUUUUUAAAGAAGAUGGAUCUUUAAAGGAGGUACAUAAGAUAAAUGAACUGUAUGCUUCUUUACAAGAGGAAUUAAAGAGUAUAUGCAGUAAAGUAGAACACAGUGAGAGAGCAGUAGAGAAACUACUAAAGGAUAUAAACAGAUUAAAACGAGAAAUUAAAAAAAGAAAGCAAGCACAGAUUCAAGCAACACGAGAGAAGAAUGUCCAGAAAGACCCUCAGGAGAACAUUUUUCUUUGUCAAGCUUUACAGACCUUUUUUCCCGAUUGUGAAUUUCUUCAUUCAUGUGUUAUCUCCUUGAAAAAUAGACAUAUUUCUAAAAGUAGUUGUAAUACCAACCACCAUCUCAGUGUGGUAGACAACCUGACCCUAAUGGUGGAAUAUACUGACAUUCCUGAAGCUAGUCCAGCUGGUAGUGCGCUGCAAAUGAUUAAACGUAAAGCUUCAGGUACAGAUGGUGGAUGGCAAUUCAAGAAGUCACGGCUGUUAGAGAUACAGAACAAACCAUCUAAAACAGAUACUGAUAGUAGUAACCAAGAAAAGGCAUCCGCAGUGAGCAGCCCAGAAACAGAUGAAGAGAUUGAGAAAAUGAACGGUUCUGGUGAAUAUCCACAGUCUCCUACCUUUUGAUUCUUUUAGACCGAAAGGAGAUUUUUCAUCAGAUGAAGGGUAAAGCCAAACAUGCCUAUUGUUUUUACUAUGUUCAGCUCUUUGCAGUAACACAUAGGUAAGUUCUAGUUCAUUUAUUUUAUAAAGUACUUUAAAUUGAGUCAGUUCAGAAUUUGAGUACAGAACAAAGCCUGGUAAUGCAAUAUGUUUGGGAUCAGCAGUUGGUUAGUUAGGUGAAAAGGCCAGUUAAGUGGGACUCAAAUGAUACAUAAAUAAGGUGUCUAUCAGAGAUUUCACCUUAACAUAAA